CAUGAUGUGUUUCUUGUCGCAGGACCAUCUAUAGUCAAGAUGUCCAUAUGGGUACAAGAGAUAAAAAGUAAACUGAGAGAUGGUCCCGUGUUUACUGCUCACUGGAUCAGGAUUUAGUUCUCCUUUAAGAGACCCGUAGUUUUUCCAUUAUACCUGAUGACUUAAGCUGUAGCGGGGAAUUUAUACAAAUUUCUCAGCUUAAUUGUUGGCUCAUGUGUUAAGUAUGGUUUAACAAAAUUGGACAGUACAGAAUACAAUAAAAAAACAUUUGAUUUAAGCUAUCUCCUACUUCCAACUUCAUGUAAAGAAUAAUGUUGAAAUAUGUUACUAGCAAAUUUUCUCCCUAUAAAAUGUCCAUUCCUACCUCUUGGGUAUUCCAGAAGUUUGGGGAUUGGUUGCUGCAAUUUGAGAGUAACAUCAAAUUAGUUCCUAUGGACUUGCAAGAGGCAUUUUUGUUGUUGAAUAUGUUAGUAGUAUAAACAUAUUUUUCAAAGUUUAAUUAAUGUUUUAGAUCAUAUUUACAGCAAUCUUGUAGCAUUCAGCAGUGUCUGAUAUGUCCAUUUCAUCUAUUUCAUUUUUGCCUCAUGUCUUCUGUUGGCAGUGUUAUAUAACAUAAUUAAAUGAGAAAUGCUUCUGCCUUUUUCAGCUGAUGACUUUAAAUGAUUAAGCUUUGCAUUGUUAAUUGUUGCUAAGAAAAUAUUAGGAAAACUCCUGGGUAUUUUUCUCCAUGUAUGAAGGACUUGUACAGAAUUUGAGAAUCUCAUAAACUUAAAUCGUCCCAGAAGGACAAGGUCCGCCAGUUUAUGGCAUUUACCCAGGCUGGUGAAAGGACUGCUAUAUACUGCUUAACACAGAAUGAAUGGAAACUAGAAGUGGCAACUGACAACUACUUCCAGAAUCCAGACUUGUACUACAAAGAAUCAAUGAAAAAUUCAGUAGACAAGAAGAAAUUAGAACAAUUGUAUAAUCGAUACAAAGACCCACAAGAUGAAAAUAAAAUUGGCAUUGAUGGGAUUCAGCAAUUCUGUGAUGAUUUAAGCCUGGACCCAGCCAGCAUCAGUGUUCUGGUUGUGGCAUGGAAAUUCAGGGCAGCUACUCAGUGUGAAUUCAGUAAAAAGGAAUUUGUUGAUGGCAUGACAGAGUUGGGGUGUGACACCACAGAAAAGCUAAAAGCUCUAUUACCAAGACUGGAACAAGAGCUAAAGGAUCCAGCAAAGUUCAAAGAUUUUUAUCAGUUUACUUUUAACUUUGCUAAAAAUCCUGGACAAAAAGGUCUAGAUCUAGAAAUGGCGAUUGCAUACUGGAAUUUAGUCUUGUCAGGAAGGUUUAAAUUUUUAGAUCUUUGGAAUAAAUUUUUGUUGGAACAUCAUAAAAGAUCAAUUCCAAAAGAUACUUGGAAUCUUUUGUUAGAUUUUGGAAAUAUGAUUGCAGAUGAUAUGUCCAACUAUGAUGAAGAAGGAGCAUGGCCUGUUCUAAUAGAUGAUUUUGUGGAAUAUGCACGACCAGUAGUCACAGGAGGAAAACAUAAAACUUCCUAACCCCAGAUUUGUCAAUAUGGACUAAAUGAACUGCACUGGGUAAUGAUUUGUUAGCUGAUAACUGCACAUUGGUGCCGGUUUCAGUGGUCAUGAUGACAUUCUACAGACAAAACUGAAAUUCCUCCUUUCUGCCUAAAGAAAAUGAUGACUACGUGUGGACACUUCAAGAACAAACUCAGAAGCUCCAAGCUGUUUGUAGGCUAUUGGCUUCAAUUAUUGUAUUGGUUGUAUCAUAUAGGAUGUAGAUUUUGCAUGAUUUUAUACUUUGGAGAAGUUUAACUAGAGGCCAUUUUAUUAAAGUUUUGACAGCACAGCAUGCCAUUCAAUUCAUAAUCCAAAGUGAACACCAGCAGUUGCAUAAAUAAAAAUGUAUUAUAUUGUACUUAUAUUAAAAGCAGUAUUUGUGUUAUAUAAAUUAAAUCCACAAAUAAAACUUAUGCAGUAUGUUGUAUUUUUAUAAAAGUUACUUCUCUGGAUCUGUCUUAAUACAGAAUUGUAAAAAAACCCCAAACAAAUGAACGUAUGUCUUUUUUGUUUUUAACUUACUGCCAAAAUUUAAAAUUUGUAUUUUCACAUCCUAGAUGUAUACAGUGAUUACAUCCAACCUUUUGCUUUCUCCCAAUGAAAUUCAGUUCCUCAUUUUUAUUCUUGAAUUGCUUGGACAUGUAACAAUAGCAUUGCUGAGGACAGGCUGCUGCUCUAUGUGUUUUGCAACUCCAGCAUUUUUUAGUAACCAUUUUAAGGUUGACAUUAAACAACCAAAGAUGCUUUCAUAAUUAAUGUUUAAUUAUCAUAAUUCAGUUGGUCUCCAAUUAUGUGUUUUAUUUAUUUUUAAUAAGGAACUGGUGGAAUGUGAAUUUUAUUUGUAACUUGAAACAUAUCAUAAAUUCUAGCUAAAUGCAACUUAGUUGUAAAUUUAUAUUCUGGGAACUUAUCACAGAAAAUUGAUGUGAAUAAGCCCAAAGACUUAACUAGUUUGCUUCCACGGUGGGGAAAUCGUUAUGGGUAAGGAGACUUUAUAUUAAUGAGUAUCAAUCUUCAUGCCUGUGGAUGUAUUGUGCAUUCAGUUGCAUUUAUUUAAGGGGAGAAAAAGGCAAAUUAAUGCAGUUUCAGUGAUUUCAAAGCUGGUGAAAUAGGACUAGUGUUCACCAAAUCUGAAUGUGUUCACUCACUUGUUUCUCCCCUUUUGCUGGCCUCUGAUUGUGAAGUGCAGAGAGGUGUCAGUCUUUGUUUGUCAUCAGUGUCUUCCGCUGUCUAAGCGCAAAAAAGUUUUACCAGAAACUAUUCAGUGCAUCUUUGCACAGGGCUCUUGCAAAUGCUACCUCACCAAAAUUAGUUUGUCAUAGCCACUGUAAAAGUUUGUUAAAAUGAAGAGUUGCUAAAGAGUACAUAUAGCUAUGAUAAUAUAUUUUCUGUAUUUACAUCUGAAUAGAUGCAAGAAUUUUGGAGAAGAUAGUGCAUUAAGUUAUAUAAAUUAUAUAUGUCUGGAUCGCUGCGGUGUUGCAUGAUAGCAGACUAAUUUAUUUUGUAGUUGUCUGGGUAUAAAAGCUUACAAUAGUCCCUUAAACUCUAAUAUUUAGAGUUUCAUACAAGCAGUCAGCUUUCGUUAUGUCAACACAACCUGCAAGGACGGAUGUCUAUGCUGUAUACAGCAACUGCCUUCAUUCUUCCACUUGAUAGGAUUUCAGUUGUGCAUGAUGUUUCUAAAGCAGGACGAGGGAAAAUUUGAACAAAUUAGUGAUUUUCCUCUUAGUACGAGCCUAGCAAGCAAGUUACAAAAUGCCCUCUGAGUGAUUUGUUUUGAGUAUUUGUCUUUUUGUUUGAGUGUCAGCCCUGGCUGAGCAGCCGCCAGGUGUCAGCGUCCGAGCCCGCUGCUGCCUGGCACUCGUGUGCAGAGUGACCUACUGAGGUUAUGCCAAGUUACUGCUUUCUGACUGCAUCUCUUUAGGAGGGCAUUUAUGUACAUGACUCCAAGUAUCCUACAGAAGUCAGUGGUGAGCUAGAAGAAGCUAAGCUCAUUCCACUGUUUGAUUUAUUCCUCCUCCCCAAACCAAGCCAUUUCUAUAUCUGUCCUGCAGGCUUUGCAGAAUGUGUAACAUCUUACAGCAUCAAGUGCAUUUAUCUAGCCAGAAGCAGUGGAAUGCUUAUUAUUCACACAAUUGCCACUUAGAAUAUAUAGAUAAAAUAUAACUGACCAGAAGCUUAAUCUAUUGAUAUGUGAUGUAACUGAACUUUCAUAGCACUAGAGUUUGUGAACCAUUUGCUCAUGAUGAGAGCUCCAUCAAAUCAUUCUGAUAAACCUUCUACCUUUUAAAAUAAAUAGAGCAUAAAAGAUAUGUGUGGGUUGAGGUUUUUUUCCUUGUUAAUCAGAGCAAGAAGAAAGGUGCUUAGCCCAAGAUUCAGUGUGUGUGUAUACACAUAUGUGUGUAUAUAUAUAUGUGUAUGUACACACACACAUUUACUCUUAAACCUCUUUCCUGAGGAGGAUCCUUCAUGCGUGACAGCUUCCAGCAGGACACGACUGGGCAAAAUGUUCCAAAGAUGAUAGUUGAUCCUCAUCAGCCAGCUUUUGGUGUUUGCUCUGCUUUUCCUUUUACUUCUGUUCUCUUGAUCCUCCACCCAUUUUAAACCACAUGUGAUUUUUACAUUCCCAUACAUAAUAGCAUGAAGUAACACCUUCACACUCACAACAAAUGCAAAUAAACUGUUUUCACCUUACAAGUUUCUUACGUAUUUUAAUUAUUUGCUGCUCUUCACAGUUCCAUUUUACAGGGUACUCUGACUUCCAUUUUAAGUAAGCUGAUACAGUGGUAACACCUAGGCUGCUCAAUUUAUAAUCCUAAAUGGUACAGAUGUCUUCAAGUUGUUCAGUGCAUACAGUAUUACUUCACAGAUAUGCUGUAUGUAUUUUUAAACUUGGUGCCAAGUUGUUUGGUUUGAAACUGAGCCAUAGGAUUUGUACUUGCCAGUUCUAAAUUUAAAUGUUAUUUAUCGUGUGUGUCAUGCCAAGGAGAGCAAACCUGCAGGCAUCUGCUCAUUCAAUGCACCUGGGAGCUUUGCUGCUGAGUAAGCUGUACAUGUGUGUAUAUUUUUUGGCAAUGGAAAAAGGAAUAAAUGGACUGUCAAAGGAUUGAAGUCAGUCAUGUGAGAUGUCUAUAUGGUUCUUGUCAGUUUUCUGCUUUGGAAGUCUUGGUCUGUGGGAGGUUUUUGUUGUUGUUUUCUGGUUCAUUUAUUAGGUGGCUGUGUUACUACUCCAUCAGCCAGAAGAAUGUAACCCAUUAAUUUUUAAAUGACAUUAAUAAAUGUUUGGUUUGGUCAUCUGUGUCACCAUUAAGCUUUUAAGAGGCUUGACAUGUUUAGCUGGACUAUUGUAUUCACUGCAUCUAUCUGCUGGUCACCAGACUCUCCACAGUGUGUCGUUAGUUUGUACUGGCAAUGGGAGCUGUAAUUGCGGGGAAGUGUUGCUCAGUCCUGGCUCUGAGCUCUGUAGGAGAAGCAGCAUGCUCAGAAAUCUGUGCAAAGACCUUUGGAGGUAUGCAUUUACCUGUUGUUAAUUCUCUUCCGCAAGUUUAAGUCAAAAUAAAUGAGUUCUCUAUCUUCA